GGGACUAGAGGCGGAAGUGGGUGUGACAGGGACGGGAGCCGACCGGGCCCGGGAGGGCAGGUAGACCCUGGAAAGUGGAGGUCCCAAGGUGGAGAGCGAUGAUUCCCCCUCAAGAGGCAUCCGCCCGGCGGCGGGAGAUCGAGGACAAACUGAAGCAGGAGGAGGAGACGCUGUCGUUCAUCCGUGACAGCCUGGAGAAGAGCGACCAGCUGACCAAGAACAUGGUGUCCAUCCUGUCCUCCUUCGAGAGCCGCCUUAUGAAACUGGAAAACUCCAUCAUCCCGGUGCACACGCAGACCGAGAACCUGCAGCGGCUGCAGGAGAACGUGGAGAAGACGCUGGCCUGCCUGGACCAUGUCAUCGGCUACUACCAUGUGGCCAGCGACACAGAGAAGACCAUCCGGGAGGGCCCCACGGGCAGGCUGGAGGAGUACCUGGGGAGCAUGGCCAGGAUCCAGAAGGCCGUGGAGUAUUUCCAGGACAACAGUCCAGACAGCCCAGAGCUCAACAAAGUGAAACUGCUGUUUGAGCGGGGCAAGGAGUCGCUGGAGUCAGAGUUCCGGAGCCUGAUGACCCGGCACAGCAAAGUGGUCUCCCCUGUGCUCAUCCUGGACCUGAUCGGCGGCGACGAUGAGCUGGAGGUGCAGGAGGACGUGGCCCUGGAGCAGCUGCCCGAGAGUGUGCUGCAGGACGUGGUCCGUAUCGCCCGCUGGCUUGUGGAGUAUGGCCGCAACCAAGACUUCAUGAAUGUCUACUACCAGAUCCGCUCCAGCCAGCUGGACCGUUCCAUCAGGGGCCUAAAGGAGCAUUUCCGGAAGAGCAGUUCCUCCUCCGGGGUCCCCUACUCCCCUGCCGUCCCCAACAAGAGGAAAGACACACCCACCAAGAAGCCGGCGAAGCGACCAGGGACGAUCCGGAAGGCUCAGCACCUUCUGAAACAGUAUUCCCAGCAUGGUCUAGAUGGGAAAAAGGGGGGCUCUAACCUCAUUCCUCUGGAAGGUCACGAGCAUGAUUUCCGAGUUAAGCACCUGUCCGAGGCCCUGAACGACAAGCACGGGCCGCUGGCCGGGAGAGACGACGUGCUGGACGUGGAGACGGACGCCUACAUUCACUGUGUCAGCGCCUUCGUCAAGCUGGCCCAGAGCGAGUACCAGCUGCUGGUGGACAUCAUCCCAGAGCACCACCAGAAGAAGACCUUCGACUCCCUCAUCCAGGACGCGCUGGAUGGGCUGAUGCUCGAGGGGGAGAACAUCGUGUCAGCUGCGCGCAAGGCCAUCAUCCGGCACGACUUCUCCACGGUGCUCACCGUCUUCCCCAUCCUGCGCCACCUCAAGCAGACCAAGCCCGAGUUCGAUCAAGUGCUCCAGGGCACAGCUGCCAGCACCAAGAACAAGCUGCCCAGCAUCAUCAGCUCCAUGGAGACAGUAGGAGCGAAAGCGCUGGAGGACUUUGCUGACAACAUCAAGAAUGACCCAGACAAGGAAUACAACAUGCCCAAGGAUGGCACAGUACAUGAGCUCACAAGCAACGCCAUCCUCUUCCUCCAACAGCUUCUGGACUUCCAGGAGACGGCAGGUGCAAUGCUGGCCUCCCAAGAGACCAGCUCCUCUGCCACCAGCUACAGCUCUGAGUUCAGCAAGCGGCUGCUCAGCACCUACAUCUGCAAAGUUCUGGGCAACCUUCAGUUGAACUUGCUGAGCAAGUCCAAGGUGUACGAGGACCCCGCUCUGAGUGCCAUUUUCCUGCACAAUAACUACAACUACAUUCUCAAGGCCCUGGAGAAGUCGGAGCUGAUCCAGCUGGUGGCUGUCACCCAGAAGACCGCCGAACGCUCCUACCGUGAGCACAUUGAGCAGCAGAUCCAGACCUACCAGCGCAGUUGGCUGAAGGUCAUCGACCACAUCACGGACAAGAGCCUCCCUGCACUGCAGCCAGGAGCCAAGCUCCGCGACAAGGAGCGGCAGAUGAUCAAGGAGCGAUUCAAGGGCUUCAAUGAUGGCCUUGAAGAACUGUGCAAGAUCCAGAAGGCCUGGGCUGUUCCGGACAUGGAGCAGCGGGACAAGAUUCGCCAGGCGCAGAAAACCGUUGUCAAGGAGACCUAUGCGGCCUUUCUGCACAGGUAUGGCAGUGUGCCCUUCACCAAGAACAUGGACAAAUAUAUCAAGUACCGCGUGGAGCAGGUGGGUGACAUGAUCGACCGCCUCUUUGAUACCUCCGCCUGAGCCUACCGCACCAGACUGGCUGCAUCCUUGGACAGAUAAACCAGCGUUAACUU